CCUAACAGUUGCCGCUCCACUCACGCAGCAGCACCACGCACGCAGCACGCUUUGUCUCGUCGGGGGGGAGACAUCAACAUCAUAUCUGAGAGCUCAAAAAAUACCUCGCGGCGGUCAUGAUGGGACGGGCGCAGUUAUUGGCAGGAAUCGCUCGCUGGGCUCGAGCCCCCGGGUGGUCUCCGGUGGCCUCGGCGCGCUGGGCGAGCGGCGGGGAGGCGGCCGGAGGCGCUGCCGAGGGCACCGCCAAAGCAGCCGGGGCCGGGGCCGAUUCUCCCGGGGCGCCCGUCGCCUUCAAGCCGUUUCGCCUGGAGGGCAAACCGGGCAAAAGGCAUUUGUGGUGCGCGUGUGGCUUCAGUCGUAACCAGCCGUUCUGCGAUGGCUCUCACUUCAAGGCGCGUUGGAAGGGGGAAUCCAAGAAGUGGCCCGUGCUCUUCAAGGUGCCCGAGAGUGGCGUCGCGUGGCUCUGUCUGUGCAAGCAGACAGGCAAGCCACCCUUCUGUGACGGUGCGCACAAAAAGAUUGGCACGGCGCCAUCCGAGAAUCCUCCCUCGCAAUGACAGGCUUCUGGGUGGCGCAGGCUGCUCCUGUCAGCUGCACAGGGGGCACAAGAGCCUCGCCGACAACAGGGCCCUCAAGUGCCACCUGGUGGUUAUGCCAUUGUCGUCCAUCGCCUGCUGUGACGCCGACACGGCCCAAACAACACCCAGUGGUGGACCCUCAUUUAGAGCCAGUGGGGGCUGGGGCUUGCUACUAAAAAUGCAGAGUAAUAAUACCUCGAUGAUACUUUCCUGCUCAGAUUAUAAACUGCAUACACCCCUUCCCCACCCCCCGCAGGCUUCCAUGACCCAAUGUCCACCAGAUGCCACUUCUGACACAAUCGUUAUGUUAAUGCAAAUGUGAAAAAACUCGCCAAGCUCACCUCAAAACUUAAACCUCAGUCAAGUCAAAUGUUCUCACUCUGGACCCAUCUGUCCAUUGUGAUGGUAUUAUUUUAUCCUGUCUUGGCACGUUAAAUAAUCAUUUACUUGAUUUGUGUGAAUGUUGUUUAUAUAAGUCACAAAAUAAAAAAAAUCUUCAAUGGAA